GUCUUUUGAUAUUCUAGUACGAUGCGGUCAUCCAACCGGACAAUGAAGGCAUCGUACACCACAUGAUCAUCACUGUUUGUGACCCAAACUUCCCCGAGCACUACAAUGAUUACUCUGAGGAUUGCAAGAAAAGAGCAAAUAUGCCUGCUGAGGUUCUGGGCUGUCGACGAGAAGGAUUGAUGGCAGGUGGUUGGGCUGUUGGGGGAGGACCUUUCAUAUACCCCAGUCAUGUUGGUUUUGCAGUGGGUAGUGAGUUUGCUGGGAGACACUUCAUCUUGGAAAUUCACUACGAUAAUCCUGGACAAAAAAGCGAUUUUUAUGACAGCUCUGGCAUGAGAUUCUAUUACACCAACAAGCUUAGGGAAUACGAUGCGGGCCUUUUGAGCGGUGGUGUUGUUACUUCCAAAUGGAUGAUGAUCCCACCAAAACAACAAGCCUGGAAGACUGUUGGAUAUUGCUCAAAACAAUGCACUGAGGAGGCUUUGAAAAAUAGUCCGCUGCCAGAAGGUGGGAUUAAGAUCUUUUCUUCCAAUUUGCACACUCACCUCGCAGGUCGAGCUGCUUGGACACAGCAUAUCAGAAAUGGAGUUGAAUUGCCUGAGAUAGAUCGUGACGACAAUUAUGACUUUAAUUUCCAAGAUGCUCGGACUCUUGAAAGGGAGAUCCACUUUAAACCUGGUGAUGAGAUUAUCCAAACCUGUAUCUACAACACGAUGGAUCGUGAAAACAUGACCUACGGUGGAGCUGCUACAACCGAUGAAAUGUGCUUGAAUUACCUUACUUAUUACCCAUUUCUACCCAAUAUGUCUCGCGUUUGUAGAUCGAUCGAUCUGCAAGCUGGGUCAGCCAUGUUGAAAAAGUACUAUCCCGAGCUUAAGUCGCCAACGAAAGCGAUGAGGAACCCGAUUAUGGCUAGCAACAAGAUAUGGACAAAGGAAAUGAUUGACGACUAUAAGAAAAUGCUUGAUGGCCAAACUGGUUAUUCUGCGACUUCCCAUGGCUGUAAGAAUCGCAACAGCUACAACUUGAAUCUUACACUUGAGGAAGCAGUCAAAGAUAAAUACCAGAUCCCAAUACCAAAGAUCACUACACCGCUACCUAAACCAACCGACAACUGCAAAGAUGUGAACAGCUCAGCUAUAACACUAUCCGUCUGGUUUUUGUCUCAUGUCGUUUGUCUCGUUGCAGUGACCAUUUUAACAUAGGACGUUUCUGUCAUGCUUAGUAUUUCUUAAUAAAUUAGAAUGCAUUGGA